CAAACAAGGUCGUUGCCAUGCCUCUGCAAAUCCACUCUGUUUUCUUUCCUUUCUACUCUUCUCAUCUUACUCGGUAUUACGGUUCCUCUUUAAUCAAGGUUGUCCCAAAAAGAAACAAGCUGCUUGCAGAUAAAGGACACAAGCAACAUGGGAGACUAUCUCUUGAUAAAAGAAAUAACUCCAGGCAUGGCUACAUGGACAAGCAAAGUGGUGGUUAUAGAGAAGCUCAACAUACGAGAAUCAGCCAAAAAUCCUGGGAAAAUAUACAAGCCCUUUGUGCUCCAAGACAGUGUGGUAAGUAACUUUAUAAACAUAAAUUAAUGCACAUAUUAAAUUCUUAAAAACCAGUGUAUCUUUUACAGGGAAACAAAGUUAAGGCUUUGGCCUAUGGGCAUGAAAUUUCAGUUAUCGACCAGCGUCUAAGUCUUCAUAAUACUUACCUGAUUUCUAAUGCAAUGGUCUCCAAUGUCUAUGCAAACUUCAAUGUUCCCGAUGUGGAAUAUCAAUUCAUUUGGUCAAUCAAUAGGAGGACAUUGAUACAAGAUGUGGAUGCAGUUGAUAAGUUAGAAAUAGUAGCACAAUCUGAAGCAGCAGUUACACCCUUUAAUGCUUUCUAUGAUUCCAUGAUACAGAAGGAAUUGAUAAAUGUGCUCGGUCUCAUAAUAUGCAAACUCCCACGGGAGUUCGUUCUCACGUCCGAUGGACCGAAAAAGGCUAAUGACUUUGUAAUUAUAGAUGACCAAUCACAGCCCAUCAUUGUCACAAUGUGGAAUGAAUUUGCUUCCAUCCAAGGACAUGAAAUUCAGGGAUUAUUGGACGCAGGGAUACAUCCAAUAAUUCUUGCAAAACAUUUAGCUGUAACAUCUUACCAAAGCAAGUCUGAUUUUGUAUAUGUAUAUAAAUUAUAUAAAAAAAUUCUAUUAGAGUAGUAAUAUGUUAUACUCUAAGAGAAAACGUUCUUUCAUAACUCUUUUGUAUAAAUUAAAUAUUCUACUAAAGUGUAAUUACAUUUAUUUUACAGGAUUGUCUCUGUCUACUACAUACGAUUCAUGCAUUGAGCUAAACCCAAUCACCAAACAGGCUAAUGACCUGAAAGAAUGGAGAGGCGCACAUGCAAUUGCCAUUGAGCAAAUAAUCAAAAGAGGACACUACAUUGAUUCACUAGACGCUCUUGGACGUCCACAUCUCCAAGUAAAGACCAAUGUUUGUGAUGUACUGAAAAGUAUAAAAGAGGCAAAAAUGCUAUGGGUUGAAGGUAAUUUCAAUUUCAUUGGAGGUGGAACAAUUCCCUACUACACAGGUUGCAACAGAUGCAAUAAAGGGAUGCAUUCAACUGAAGAAGUGCACUAUGAGUGUUUG